AUGGAUUUCGUGGAAGAGGAAUCGCGCCCGAGAUUCGUCCUCCACUCGCGGGCCCCCGCCGCCGCCGCCUUGCCCGCCGGCGAGACGACGCCCGAGGCGGUCGGCAAGGCCCACGCUGCCGCCUGCGUCGCCGGCGCCGCCGUCCUCUUGUUCGGUGCCUUCUACUUCUCCAUUCAGUCGCAGACACUGGUAGGUCUCCUUGUUUGGAUCUCGAUCUCCCUCCUGGUUGGUCCCUUCGCCCCCACCUCCAUCACCGGCGGCGACAUCCGUGUCGGCGCCGGCGAGAUUCUCGAGCCGCCGGAGGAGCGCGAGGAGCCGAAGAAGCGUAUCCCCGGGCCCAGAACGAAGGCUCGGAGAUCGGAGGACUUGGCUUCGUUUUCCGCUUCUCCGGCCGCCGGAUCCGUCCCCCCUAUCGUGAGGAAGAGGGAGGAUAGUAAUGGAGUGUCUGCGCAUGAGAAGGAGAGAGGAUCGGGGGAAGCAGGAGAGAGCGAGUGGAACGAGGACGACUUUGAGAUCCUGAAGAAGCAGAUCGCGAAGCAUCCGGUGGGGACGCCGAGACGUUGGGAGCUAAUCGCGGAGGCCUUCCAGGGGAGGCAUGGUGUGGAGAGCGUAAUCAGAGAGGCCAAGGCCCUGUCGGAGAAGAAGCCAGGGGAUUCGUUCGCUCAAUUCCUGAGGCAACGGAAGCCACUAGACAAGCGAACAGAUGCUACGAAUCCAGACUUUCCAGAAGCACUCUCGUCAGAUAAGGGGGAGCCCGAUGCCGCCGAUCUGAAUGGUGGUGGGGCCGCGAUCUGGAGCCAUGGAGAAGACAUCGCUCUGCUUAAUGCUCUCAAGGCAUUUCCCAAGGAUGCUCCUAUGAGGUGGGAGAAGGUCGCCGCGGCCGUGCCCGGAAAAUCGAAGGCAGUAUGUAUUAAGCGGGUCGCCGAAUUGAAGAAAGAUUUCCGGAGCGCGAAGGCUUCGUAA